AUGGCCGCGCCUCUGACAGUGGACGUAUAUGUCCUUCCAACUGGAUACCUUUGGCUCCCAGACCGCUGGAUCUUUGCUGAUGGAGACUUGCAAGUCCGCCAUCUGUCCCCAGACUAUAGUUUCCUCAUUCGACAUCCUUCUGGCCAGAAUGUGUUGUUUGACCUCGGCAUGCGCAAGGACCUAGACAAUAACCCCAGGGUGAUCAGAGAGGAUUAUAGUGCCAUUGAGCCCUACGUUCCCAAAGAUGCACACGACUUGCUCGCAGAUGGGCCAGUAAAGCCAGAGCUCAUUGAUAUGGUGGUGUUGAGUCAUAUGCAUUUCGACCACAGUGGGGAUGUUGGGCGCUUCCCUCAAUCUAAGAUAAUCGUCGGACCGGGAACGCGAGACUGUAUCCAUCCAGGAUACCCGGCCAGUGAUGGUUCGCCCUUUGACGGCUCAGUGCUCGCUCACCAGGGAUUCACCGAGCUGGAAAGAUCGCAAUACAGCCCACUAAAAGGAGCUUCUGUACCCCCUUCAUUCACCUUCGACGAAGGGGUAGAUAUAUUUGGCGAUGGAUCUUUCUUUGUACUUGAUGCACCGGGCCAUAUGCCUGGUCAUCAGAUGGCGCUAGCACGGACUGGUGAGGAUGAAUGGGUUGCUAUGGGAGGCGACUGUUGUCACCAUAGGGAUUUGCUGGAACAUCCAUCCCGCGACAUCAGCGUCGAUGUGGGACCAAACGGCCAGCCUGGAUUUCACAAAGAUCCUGUCAGCGCAAGAGAAACAAUCCAUAGAACCCAGGCGUUGCACUCAAAUCCGAGCGUCUUUGUGGUGCUCGCCCAUGAUGCUCAGAUUGAUGGCAUAGUUCCAGUGUAUCCACAGAAGCUGAACGGAUGGCGACAAAAGGCCAUGAAGACAAUGGUUCGGCAGCAAGCCUUGACGCUUGAGGAGAUCAAAGCGAGAUACAAGUAG